AUGGUCAGAGACAAAGUUAGAGAAGAUAUUUCUCGGAUUGAGAGGCAAUUAAGCACACUUUCUGAAUCUUUCAUCACCUUCCAAACCAAUGUCCUAGAAAGCAUCCAACAAUUGGUUAGUAAAUUGGAGGUUUCUUCUGGCCAGAUACCAGUUAGCUCUUCAGCGCAGACUGUAAAUGUUUCCAAUGUCGCUAGAGAUGGCCAACAUCCAGACAUCAGGCGCACUUCACUACACCAUGUAGGUAUUCAUACUGAAUCCGCCGAAAAUGAUAUUAUCAACGACACUAUCCGAUUCGCAAACCAAACAACAUCAUUGACUGUCGAUGUCCUAAAUGGAGCACAAGAGAUUCAGUCAUCUAUACACACUGAAUAUCAGACAUUGCGUGGGGGCGCUCAGAAAUCUGGAGCUGAAGAUAUGAAUCUUGACCAUGAGUUACUAUUCCCAAAACCAACCUUCUCCCUAGGGCUAACUCAGGCGGAACGUCCACACUGGAAAGAGACUGUCACCGAAGGGGCCAGCAUGUGUGAAAACGAUGUUGAUCAUAGUCAGAGCUCACCAGAUACGAAUCUUGACCAUGAGUUACCAUUCCCAAAACCAACCUUCUCCCUAGGGCUAACUCAUGAGGAAUGCCCGCACCCGAAGGAGGCUGUCACUGAAGGGGAAACUAUGUUGGCAAAGAAAUUUGCGAACAGGAGGAUCAGCUGGGUGCCUGCCGGAAAAAUACCGUCUAACAAACUUUCUUGGCCGUCCUCGUUUAGUACAAUACGCAUUGGCCAAUCAACGCUAGAGAGCAAUGACCUAUAUGAGCUUGUUCAAAGAUCAUCUCCCUUGCAACCAAAGGUGGUUGAUGUUCUCAUUGGCCAUAUUAGUUCACAGUUUACGCUAAACUCACCCCCAAACCAGUCCAACCACUCUGUGUUCAUGGACACUCAGUUUGUUUCCCAGCUCUUAAAACUGUUUACCAAGUUUUCUAAGACGUCCAAGAAAGAGUCCUUCUGGUUUCCCAGCAAUAUACUUGAGCGAGUUCGAAUUUAUCCCGAUGCUGAGCGUUACUAUCUUCCCUUCAAUCUCGACAAAAAACACUGGGUUAGUGUUUGCGUUGAUUGCACAAGAUGGUCAAUUGUUGUGAUGGACUGCAACAUAGCACUCAGGACUGACAGCAUGAUGGUGAAAGAGGUUACUCCCAUUGCUCAGAUGUUUCCAUACCUUCUGAAACAAGGGGGUAAAGAGCUUUUGCACAAAGAUGCUAGAGCAUUUUCCAUUGAGAGACCUCGUAGCAUUCCGCAAAAUACUUUUCAUGCUGACUCUGCUGUGUCAGCCCUUCUUCUCGUGCAAGCUCACGCCGUCGCAGGUGUCGGCGUCUGCAAAUGCAUUACCCCUGAUAAAAUUGGUAGUGAAGUUGAGUAG